GCUUUGCCACCAUACUUCGGAGAAUGGAGUGACUAUUACCGCAGACUUGUUGCCGAUUAUUAUACUUUAAAAAAAUAAAAAAUAAAAACGAAAAAAAGAGGGAGGAUGAAUUAGGUUUCGAAACCGGGGUUUCCUUCUCGUCUUCUCCACUGCGCCAUCUUCCCCCGACGUCUAUCCUGUUUUUGCUCCGUUUCUACACGAAUAGAGAUCUGCUAAGAUGACAGAGCGCCUUCUAAGGUUAUUCAUGUCCGAAACGUUGGCCAUGAAAUAUCUGAGAGUGAUCUGCUUCAGCUGGUGCAUUCUUUUGGAGUUGUCACUAAGCUUGUGAUGUUACGUGCCAAAAAUCAGGCUCUUCUCCAGAUGCAAGACAUGGCUUCUGCCGUCAAUGCACUGCAAUACUAUACAAAUGUUCAGCCCAGCAUUAGGGGUAGGAAUGUGUACAUUCAAUUCUCUUCACAUCAAGAACUAACAACAAUGGAUCAGAAUGCUCAAGCACACAAGGUUGGAGAUCAGGAUGCAGAGCCCAAUCGAGUUCUCUUAGUUACAAUUCAUCACCUACUCUAUCCUAUAACAGUGGAAGUGCUGCAUCAAGUUUUUUCUCCUCAUGGAUUCGUGGAGAAGAUCGUCACAUUUCAGAAGUCCGCUGGUUCUCAAGCCCUCAUCCAGUAUCAGUCAGGUCAGAGUGCUGUUCAAGCAAGAAAUGCUUUGCAAGGACGCAAUAUCUACGAUGGUUGCUGUCAGCUAGAUAUUCAGUUCUCCAACCUCAGUGAGUUACAGGUGAACUAUAAUAAUGAGCGAUCUAGGGAUUUCACAAAUCCGUCGUUGCCAUCUGAACAGACAAGCAGAUCCUCUCUGCCUGGCUAUGGUGAUGCUGGGGGUCUGUAUGCACUUCAACCUCCAGGUUCCGGGGCAGUGGCAUUUCCUCAGAUGGGAAAUGCUGCAGCCAUUGCAGCUGCAUUUGGUGGAGGCUUGCCUUCUGGAAUAAGUGGUACAAAUGACAGGUGCACCAUCCUUGUCUCCAAUCUGGAUCCUGAUAAAAUCGAUGAGGAUAAACUUUUCAAUCUGUUCUCUGUUUAUGGUAACAUUGUCCGAAUCAAACUGCUCCGCAACAAACCAGACCAUGCACUCAUUCAGAUGGCAGAUGGGUUUCAGGCAGAAUUGGCCGUGCACUUCUUAAAGGGGGCUCAACUUUUUGGCAAGCGGGUGGAGGUGAAUUUCUCAAAGCAUCCCAACAUUACAUCUGCUCCAGACACCCGUGAGUACUCGGGUUCAAACCUCAACCGCUUCAACCGGAAUCUGGUGAAGAACUACCGCUACUGUUGUGCCCCAACCAAGAUGAUCCACCUCUCCACCCUCCCUCAAGACAUAAAUGAGGAAGACAUUGUUGCCCAACUGGAGGAGCAUGGCGCCAUUGUUAGCACUAAGCUUUUUGAGGCGAAUGGAAAGAAGCAAGCCUUGGUCCUUUUUGAGAACGAGGAGCAGGCCACAGAGGCCCUUGUUUGCAAGCAUGCUAGCUCCAUUGAUGGGUCAGUCAUCCGGAUCUCUUUCUCGCAAUUGCAGAGUAUCUGAGAAAAAAUAGAAUGACCAUUCCUUUCAAAGAUUGUUUGGCUUGCAUCUCCAUUGCUUGGGAUAUGGAAUGACCCCUUGGAUGUAUGUAUUACCGUUGGCUUCUAAUUAUAUUUUGGAUAUUUAAUGAUUAAUUAGUUUCCUUA